GGCCCACCAAAGAAGCUAGUCGACUGGAUACGAGCCUGGGAGGACGGGACAGAGAACUAUAAUGAUUUAAAUAAUAAUUCUAUAAUGCCUGUGACGGCUGGUGUCACAUGGUUGAUACGGACGUGGUUUCAGCCAAAGGGGUUGGUUUCAGCUAAGGUUCCAAGCUAUGGUUCAAACCAAGCUCGCUUCCAAAGCUCGGCGUUUCAGUGGUUUUGGCCAUACCUACUUAUCCACUGCCACACCUCACUCCUUCUCUCCUUAGCUUUAGAUUCUCAAGACAUAGGAAAUCAUUGA